AUGCUAAAAAGAGUUCUAGAAGACAUAACAAACAUAAACCAUACGAAUAUCAGGGUGACCAUAAAAAAGGAAGAGAAGCCAAUUCGCAGGGAAAUACUCAAGCCAUACAUAGAAUACGUAGACACAUACUACAGUCACCUAAAUAGGGUUCUUGCAACCAUAAAAGAAAUAAAUAAGAAAUAUGAAGAAGUAAAAGAAAUAAAACUCCAUGAAGAAGUGCAGAAAGCAGAGACCGAGAAGACACUGACUAAAAACAAGAAGAUAUCCAGUAUAUUCGCAGUAAGCCCAGAAGUAUCACAGAAUAUGACAAAUCUCUUCAAUGGAAGCACAAAUUCACUCUUCACAAAGGACACUGCACUGCAGAAUGCAUCAAUCCUAGAGGGCUCCAUACAGGAUCUUCUGAAAGCAAAUUCAAUUCGCAUGAGAGAAGAAGGAGAAGAAAAUAUAAAAAGAAAAUUUACUGAGAAAGAGCAAGAGGAAGAUCCUGUUGUAAAGAAGACUAAGGAGAAUCAAGAAGCAGAGCAAGAAGAUACUCCUGUUGUAGAAAGGACUAACGAGACAAUCUCAGCAACAAAAAGUGCUAAGGCAGCAGAUGCAUCCUCAGAUGAAAUUGACCUAGAGAUAGCAUCCCAGGAAGAACAGAAUGAAAUACAGGUGGGUGCAGGGAGUAAGUCUAAAAUAACCAUGCAAAUGAGACAGACCCUUCUGGAGUGGAUGUAUGAUGUAAAGGUAGACUAUAAAUUGAACAGCACAAUAUACCAGACAGCAGUCAGGAUAGUCGACAAAUACUUCCUUCUCUCUGGGCCUUCCAAAGAAAAGUACCAAUUAAUUGGGGCAGUGAGCCUUUUUAUUGCAAACAAGCUAGUAGCAUGCAAGUCAAGAACCCUCAAGGCAUAUGUAGAUGUGUGCGAUGGUGCUUAUACACAGGAUGAAUUCCUGUCCUGUGAGAGGGAUAUUCUGAUGCGCCUUGCAGGUUUCCUUAACUUCUUGCUUCCUUUGCACAUAAUCAAAGAGGACAGGCAGCUAGUCGGAAAUUCACUCUGCGAAUAUGCCAGUGAGGCAGUUCUACUGGACGCAUCAUACGCAUGCAUACGGCCCAUGGAGAUAUCGCAGUUUAUUGAGUCAAAUGUAUCCAUGGCCCUGGAAGGAAGCACGCCCUCCUGUAUAUUCACUGACCUAUUAAAGAAAUCUCCCGUCCUUUUGGCACAGCAGAUAAAACAAGUCAGGGAAUUAGUCGCACAACUGUAA